GCUUGCAUACACAACACACACACACCCCUCAUAAGAGCUGACAGGGACCACCACCUCCCACCUCCCUCUCACACACUUGUUGCUUGUUGCUGUUGUUGUCCUCGUGCCCUCUAAAAGUGUCUAAACUCCACUUUUUAUGAAUCUGGCGAGUUUCUCCUUCUUCUCCGGAGCGUGCAGCAUGACCGCGGAGGCGCAGCUCUCUCCGGCCGAGGCUGCGAGCCCCAGCGCCGGCCUGGGCUCUCCGCUCGCCCCGCCCUCCCUCAUCCUCAUGCACGAGGAGCCAGGGGUCAAGGCCGUCAGCCCGGUUACCGAGGAAGGGGACCGGGACAGUCCCAGGGAGAGCCCGGUGGGUCAGAACGGUCAGCAGGAGCUGCAGACCACGGAGGAGGAUCGCGUGUCCCUCGCGCCCACAGCCGGGGGGCGCCGCCGCAAGCGUCCCGUGCAGCGCGGGAAGCCUCCGUACUCCUACAUUGCGCUGAUCGCCAUGGCCAUUGCGCACGCUCCGGAGCGCAGGCUCACGCUGGGGGGCAUCUACCGCUUCAUCACGGAGCGCUUCCCGUUCUACCGGGAGAACUCCAAGAAGUGGCAGAACUCCAUCCGCCACAACCUCACUCUCAACGACUGCUUCGUGAAGAUCCCGCGUGAGCCCGGCAGGCCUGGUAAAGGAAACUACUGGACGCUGGACCCCGCGGCCGAGGACAUGUUCGACAACGGCAGCUUCCUACGGCGCCGCAAACGCUUUAAGCGCGCGGACGCGAGCGCGUCCUACGCCGCAGCCGCGGCCGCUGUCACCGGCGCGCACGCAUAUCAUCACCACCAUCCCGUGCAUCACGCGCAGCACCACCACCAUCUCCAUCAUCACCAUCACCACUCCUCCGUGCACUCGCACCACGCGCUGUACCCGAGUUACGGCUCACAGGUGCUCCAGCCUCAUCACCAUCCGCAUCCUCAUCCUCACCACGCGCCUCACCAUCAGUACCAGCCCAGGACGUUCAGCAUAGAUGACAUCAUCAGCCAACAGAUGCCCGAGAUCAACGUGCACACGCACCCCGUGCACACGCACUGUCUCGGCUUGGGAGGGGAGUUAAGCGCAAGCGUGAGCGCGGUGGAGCAACAGAGUUCCGUGAGCUUUGCAGGCCCUCAGACCAUCAACGCAGUGAGCGUGAGCGCGAGUGUAAGCGCGAGCGCGCCGCUGGGCAGGAGCUCCGCGCCCGGUUUCUCGUACCCGUGCGCCCCGGUAUCUUCGGUGUCCGCGUCGGUGUCGGUGUCCGCGUCGCAGGCCUCGCCGCAGCCGCCUGCUUUCUCUCCGCCGCCAGCAGGAGGCACCGCAGCGCAGCUGUACUGCGGCAAGCACGCCGAGCCCUCCGUGACAACAUACGGAGGAGGUGCCUACACCGCGCGCCAGGGAAGUUACAGCAGCGGGCUCGAGCGGUAUAUGUGAAAUGGACACAUGGACAAACACAUCACACUCUAAAACAACUGAACUGAACUGACGUGAUUCAAAUGUGAUCAAAUCAAACUAUUCCAAAAUGAAGAAGGCACCACAAUAAUAUGGUGUGGUGUUUAAAGGUUUUGAACCUAUGAUCUCUGUGGUCUCUUGACAUGCAGGCAGUUAGACAGUAGGGCCAAGCUAGAGGUCUCAAUGUAAAGCCUUGAGCAAGUAUGUGUAAAAAAAACGAAUGGAAAGACUAUUGCAUUCAGAACUGUGUUUUAAUGCAGCAUAAUUUUACAGCUCUAGACCGGCCCUACAAUCUAAGGGCUGUUCAUAAAGUGUAAGAUGAUCAUCAGCUCAAAUCCCAGUAAGAGCUCUUCAAGUAAGAGUUCUACUGUCAAAAGCUUCUU